AUGGACCCACCGCCGAAGAGGAUGAGAAUGGAUGCCGGUCGGGGUCUCCCCGACAUGGGACAUAUGUCCGGCGGCGGCUCUCCUCCCGUCCCUCGUCCUGGCGUCGAUCAGGCGCACGCCGAGCAAGCUGAUCCCAGGAUCCCGAAGCAGAGAACGUGGUCGCGCGCGUCAUCCGCCUGCCAGACUUGUCGCGGACGCAAGACAAAGUGCGAUAACGAGCGCCCUAUAUGCGGCUACUGUAGGAGGGUCGGCGCAACAUGCACUUAUAUCGAGGACUCGGCCCCGGCCAUGUCGUUGUAA